AUGUGGCCAAGAUUAAGAAAACCAUUUCGCACAUGGCCGAUCGUUCUUCUGAUCGUCCUAUUGACAGGAAUAUUUUUCAUUUGGCUGAAAAAUGGUCAGGAACGUGAGAAUCAUAGUGAUUACGCUUCAUUGCGACUUUUGGACAAUCAAAAGGAUUAUAUAGAUCGUAGGGGAAUACACGUGGUUGUGGGCCAUUACAUUGGGGAUUCCGUGGAUCCCCUGAAAACACCGAACAUUACGAAAAAUCUUAUCAACAAGAAUAUGUUCGAUCCACGGCCUUUUGAGGGGAAAAAUGGUAGUCCAGUUCUAGUGCCAGCGAAAGAUUUUUAUAAAAUGCAACAGCUUUAUCAAAUCAAUCGGUUUAAUUUAAUGGCCAGCGAUCGAAUACCGUUAAAUCGGUCCCUACCGGAUGUUAGGAGAAAGGGGUGCAUCUCACGGUAUGCUACUUUGGGUAAUUUACCAAGAACGUCGAUAAUUAUCGUUUUUCAUAACGAAGCUUGGAGCACACUGCUGCGGACGGUAUACAGCGUGAUCGAUAGAUCACCAAGAUAUUUAUUAGAGGAAAUCAUUCUUGUCGAUGACAACAGCGACAGAGAUUUUUUGCAAGAUCCUCUAGACGAACAUGUAAAAGGUUUACAAGUGCCUAUUAAUGUUCUUCGUUCUAGGGAACGCAUUGGUUUAGUGAAUGCUAGACUUAUGGGCGCUAACAAAGCUAAAGGUGAAGUUCUCACAUUCCUCGACGCCCAUUGCGAAUGCACGGUUGGAUGGCUAGAACCAUUACUUGAAGCUAUUUCUAAAAAUAGAACGAGGGUUGUGUCUCCAGUUAUUGACAUAAUAAAUGACGAUACUUUUAGCUACACACGAUCUUUCGAACUGCAUUGGGGAGCAUUCAAUUGGGACUUACAUUUUCGUUGGUUAACAUUGAAUGGCAGACUACUGAAAGAAAGACGCGAGAACAUUGUCGAACCAUUUCGAACUCCUGCUAUGGCUGGAGGAUUGUUUUCCAUGAGAAGGGACUAUUUUUUCGAACUAGGCAGCUAUGAUGAACAAAUGAGAAUUUGGGGUGGUGAAAAUUUAGAAUUGUCAUUUAGGGUAUGGCAGUGUGGCGGCAGCGUUGAAAUUGCUCCUUGCUCUCAUGUGGGACACCUGUUUCGGAAAUCAUCACCAUACACUUUCCCGGGAGGAGUCGGAGAAAUUUUAUAUGGGAACCUAGCUCGAGUGGCUUUAGUCUGGAUGGACGAUUGGGCGGAAUUUUAUUUUAAGUUUAAUACCGAGGCAGCCAGAUUAAGAGACAAGCAGCCAGUUCGAUCCAGGCUGGCUUUACGUAAUAGAUUACAAUGCAAGAGUUUUGAGUGGUACCUGGAUAAUGUAUGGCCGGAACACUUCUUUCCAAAAGACGAUCGAUUCUUUGGACGGAUCGUACACAUCCCAACGAGAAAAUGUAUAAUGCGACCGACUGCGAAAGGCACUUACUCACAGCCUUCUGGGUACGCAGUCUUAGAGGCUUGCGUUCCGCGGCCAAUACUUAGUCAAAUGUUCGUGAUGACGAAAAGUGGAGUUGUGAUGACCGACGAAAGUAUCUGUUUGGAUGCUCCAGAGCACGACACACAGCACAAGACACCAAAGGUUAAAAUAAUGGCAUGCAGCGGCUAUAAAAGGCAGAAAUGGCAAUACGACGAGCAAACAAAAACAUUUUUGCACGUUUCAUCAGACAUGUGUUUACAAGCGAGCGAUGGAGAAGGACCUGUGAUAGCUGACUGCACAAGAAACACUGAACAGCAAUGGCUGCUGGAACCUGUUCCAUGGAAGUGAUACCAGUAUUUUUUUUUUUGUAUUUAAUACUUCUGAAGAU